AUGCCCCCGAAAAAGAAGAAAGGAAGUACACGAGCUGCUUCGACGCCAGCAGAAGAUCAAGAUGCAAUGGCCAUUGAUACUCCUCAAAAGGCUGAACCCCCAAAAUCAAGUUAUAAUAUUUUGAAAGACCCAUGGACGGAUGAACAAGAAACAUCGUUAUUCAAAGGUAUAGUCAAGUGGAAACCAGCUGGCAUGCACAAACACUUUCGCAUGAUUGCACUUUCAGAACAUCUGCGAAACCACGGUUAUGAUCCCCGCGUCGAGCCGCAUACUCGGAUACCCGGAAUCUGGGAAAAGUUACGAACUUGUUACAAUCUGGAUGUAAUUGACGAUCGGGAGAAUUCAUUUGAUUACGAAGAGGAUACUGAAGACCGAUUUCCCGAAUUCACAUUACCCGACAACGUUUAUGGAGAGAUGUGUUUCAUGCGGGGGAAGCGGACUGAUGAAGAAAUAAGUGAAGCUCCUUCAUCACCCCCGAGGUUAAUGGAGACUCCUGAACCAAAGGAGUCGCCAGAGCCAGAGGUCCAUGGUACGAGCAGGAAAAGGAAGAGAGGAAAGGAGAGAGGAAGUACCGUUGAUACGACGGAGACGAGAACGUCACCUCCUGCCCAGAGUUCACCACCAAAAUCUACCAGAGCUGGAAGAAGCGCUAAUAGAGCGGCGGGAAAGGCGAAAGCGGAAUCGAGUUCGAGACAGCAGAGCGUUGCAACCGUUGCAACCGCGGAGGAUGGAGUAGAAGACGACGAAGAUGAGGAUGACGAACACGAUGAAGGUAUUGAUGGAACACCAACAAGACCUAGGGGAGCGGAUACGAAAAAAUCCAGGGCACAAUCUUCUACCAGGAAAAGCAAAAGAAAAAGAUGA